AUAACAAUAUUUCUAUUAAAUUUUAGGUCACGAACAAGUUGCAAAGGGAAUACGACUUAAAGAUAAAAGAUCUACAAAACUCCCUAGAGCAGCUGAAAAAGCAAUUGAAAACUAGCGAGGAUACUAUAUCGAAGCUUGAGCGUGAGAAAACAGAACUCCAAAAGAAACAGCAAACUCUGUUGGACAAAGACAAGGAAGCGUUGGAGAAGACAGCCCAAGAACUAUCCAAGAUGAGAACCAAGUUAUCCGAGAUGCAAGCGUCUCAAGACGAAGUCAAAAAUGAAAACAAAAAGCUCAAGCAGGAUCUGAAAGAGAGCAAGCAAGAAUUGAAUAAAGCCAAGCAAGAGUUAGCUAAGAAACAAGAAAGUGAAAAACCAAAAAUGAACGUGGAAAUGUUAAAGCAAAAGCUAGCACAAUCAGAAGCUUUGUGCGAAGAGCUUAUGGAAGAAAACGAAGAAAUUAAGAAAGAAGUGAGAGAUUUAGAACAAGAGCUUGAAGAACUUCAUGACAAUUUUCGAGAAGAUCAAGCAUCCGAAUUUCGCGGUCUCAAAAAAGAACUCGAAACUGCCACCAAAAACUGUCGGGUAUUGCAGUUCAAGCUCAGAAAAGCGGAAAAGAAAUGUGAACUCCUGGAACUUGACAGACACAGUUUGGAAGAUAAGGUUCGAGAAUACCAAGCCGCUGUUCGUCAAGACGUCGACCGCAGUAAAUUCAAAGAGUUGGAGAAGGAGUUGAAUUUAGCGCGAAAUUUAUCAACCACGCUGAACAAGGAGAUUGUUGAAUUGAAGGAGGCUCUUCUGAGAGCGGAAACGGAGAAUGAAGCGUUACGUCAGCAACAGGGUGGUGGAACGAGAAGCGCAACGCCUACGUCACAGAGCCGGUUAUCUCCAGUGGUGAAGGAAAGCAUUCUGGGUAAGGACUAUGAGACCCUCAGUCAUGAGCUGUACGACACAAUGGAAAGAGAAAGUGACUUGCGAGAGCAGUUGAAGUUCAGCGAGGAAGAGGCAAAACAGGCCAGGAGAAAGAUCAUAGCACUGGAGCAAGAGAACGAAACGCUCAUGAUGCAAAUCAAAAAACUGACGAGCAUCGUUAGCAGCAAGAAAGGCAGCAAAGACGAAGAUGCUGAAGAAGAGGAAAUAUCAGCGGAAAAUCUUAAAAUUCAGCUGGAUCUGAUGGAGCAAGAAAUGGCGGUGCUUCGAAGGAAGCUGGACGACACUGAAAAAGAGAACGAAAACCUGCAAUCUGAGGUGAAAUAUCUGCAAGAGAAGGUUAUAAAUCAACCAUUGAUUGAGCUACCAGAACUUCCGAAGGAUGCCGGAAGUCCGAACGCUUAUUGGGAGCACAAAGUCCGGCUACAAGAAUACGAGAUACGUGAAACUAGAAAGAAAUUGAUAGAGAAAGACAGAGAAAUUGAAAGGCUCAAUACGGAGGUGGAGAUCUACAGAAAGAAGGCGUCUAAAAUGAUGGUCAGGAGUAGGUCCCUGGACAGCGACAUCCAGGUAGAUCUGAAGAGGCAACUGCAAUUGGUUGAGCAAGAAGCCAACAUACUCAGGCAGAAGGUGAACAGUCUGGAGACGGAAAACGAGAAGCUUAAUAUAGAAAACAAGCGCAUGACUUUGAGGCUUAGCAAGAAACCACCACCUUCUUCCGUAGACAUUCUGCAAAUGGACAACAUGGAAUUGAAGCAGAAGUUGGAAGAACAGCAAAGGAAAAUGGAAGCUAUGAAAGAAGAACUGGAGAAAGCUACGGCUGAAAAUCCUGUUGCCAUUAUUCAGGACUAUAAACCAAGGAGGGAAAGUCUAACAUCCUUGAUCUCGGACAGCGAGAAUGAUCUCAUUGCGACCCUGAAGAAACGCUUGAAGAGCAAAGAGGAUGAACAUCAAGCCAUUCAGAACAAAGCCAUGCAACUGGAGAUCGAAAACAGCCGUCUCAACAGAGAAUAUAGGAAAUUGAAGGAUAGCCUUUCUUCCAAGAAAAAGCCCGCCAAAGCCAUCAGGGACUCAGCUACCAGGCAAGAACUCAGAGAACUUGUCAGCGAGCUGCAGGAUGAAAUAAGCGAGUUGCAGGUCAACUUGCGAAGCCGCGAGGUUGUGCAAGAAGGUUUGGAAGAGGAGCUGGAAAAGGCGAGAAAAGAACUGAGGGAGACCGUUAAGGAACUGAAGCAGAAAGAGGAGAAAUUGCAACUGGAUCUGGAUAAAGGAAAGAUCGAGCAAGAAAACUUACGCAAAGAAAUCGACCUGCACAA